CUCCUGACCUUGAUAAUUUAUUUUGCUUUGAUUCAAAGCUUAAGCGAGUUUCCACCAAUUUAAAUCAAUCAGUCUCAGCACAAUUUGACCAAGUAGAAUCAUACAUACCUAUCUACAAGCUAGAAACCUAAGCCAUCAUCCGAAGAAUAUAAUCAACUUCAAAUCCAUUAAUUCUCCCAUCAUAUCUUUAUGCAUAUUCUAAACUAUGACUACCCCGCAAUAUUAUUCCCGAACACUUGUAGUCUUGAUUAUUAUUAUUAUUAUUGGGUACAGAAGAACAGAGGCUGAUGAGCCAAGUGAUAAUAUUAAUAACUGUGACACAACCGUUAUUGCCUCAUGCGGAAACUACACGCUCCCUAUUGAAUUCCCGUUUUGGAUGACCAGUGAAGGCAACAACACACGGUGCGGGUACCGAGGUUUCGAAAUCAAGUGUAACAAUCAGAAACAACCGUUGCUAAAUCUCCCAGAAUCCGGUGACUUCGUUGUAAACGGGAUCGAGAAUGAUGAGCAAACAAUUCUGAUCAACGACCAAGAAAAGUGCCUCCCAAGAAGGAUCAUGCUCAACCGUGGAUUCAGCCUCGCAGAUUCCCCUUUCCAAUUAGCCGACGGUUUCAGUUACCAGAAUUACUCGUUUUACAGCUGUCCAUACGACCCAACAUCACCGCGCAUGAUAGAGUGCUUGGGAUCCACGCGCAACAACCUCAGCUAUUCCGUGUUGGCGGUGUUGUCGUCGCAAGUAACGCGUCAAAGGUUGUUGAAUAAUUCAUCGUCGUGCCACUUUAUUACAUCGGCUUUGGCACCUGUUCCCAGUUAUGUACGGUAUGAAGUGUUUUGGAUGAGUUACGAUGUUAAUAUACGGUUACGGUGGAAUGAACCUGAUUGCACGUCUUGUAUACAAAGUGGUGGACGCUGUGGCCUCCUACCGAAUUCUAACGAUGAUCAUGCUGCUUGUUAUGAUCUUCCACACCAAGGUCAAGGUCUUUCAAGGAAAGCCAGGUUUGGUCUAACCAUAGGCGUGGGAAUACCUGGAGUCAUGGGCAUCAUUGGACUAAUAUGUUUAUUGCAACGCAGAAAGAUGAGGCGAGAUCAGCGACAACAGUCAUCAAGAACACAACCGGAAUUUUCUAUCAUGAUUGUCCCUCCCCCUCCAGCUGUCCUAAUGGGCCUUGAUGGGCCAUCAAUAGAAAGAUAUCCGAAAAUUGAGGUUGGUGAGAAUGGGCAAUUGCCUAGGCCCAAUGAUACCAUUUGCUCAAUAUGUCUCUCUGAAUACAGUCCCAAAGAGGUGCUGAGGACCAUAACAGAGUGCCAACACUAUUUUCACGUUGAUUGCAUUGAUGGGUGGCUGAAGAUGAAUGCUACUUGCCCUUUGUGUAGAAAAUUGCCCGCAAGAUCGAAUUCCAAUUACGACUCCUCUGUGCCUUUCCCUCCAUCUUCCUCCUAAUGUUUACUCAUUCCAAUCAUUGUUCAAUGAUCAAUGUAUAUUUUCCGACAAAAAUACUGUUCUUUUUUAUUGUCAAUUAAAAAAAAAUUAUUCGAUUUUUUUUUCUGUUCUAGCAUUGACUUACGCUUGUGAUGAAAUAA